AUGACAAAUCAAGGUCAAUCUCGACUCAAGGUCUCGCACUUGAUUGCCGAAGGCAUGCCAAUCAUAUUGGAUGGUGCGCUCGCAACCUAUCUGGAAACAUUGGGGGCAAACAUUUCCGGGGCGUUAUGGUCCGCUGAAAUUCUAAUUGCCAACCCCUCACUCAUCAAGAAGACCCAUCUAGACUACUACCGUGCAGGCGCGAACGUGGCAAUUACUGCAUCGUAUCAAGCUUCCCUUGACGGUCUAGUCAAACAUCUAGGAUUGAGCAAGCAGGAUGCCAAGAAUGUGGUCAAAAAGAGCGUGGAACUUGCUCAGGAAGCCAGAAGCCAAUACAUCACCGAGGUUAAUGCAGAGGUUGGAGAUAAAUUAUUUGUCGCGGGAAGCGUAGGGCCAUAUGGUGCGUUCCUGGCCGACGGUUCUGAGUAUCGAGGGGACUACGUCGUGCCAAAGGAAACGAUGAAGGACUUCCACCGUGGACGCAUCCAAGCGCUUGUCGAAGCCGGUGUGGAUAUUCUGGCAUGCGAGACAAUCCCAUCAAAGGCCGAGACAGAAGCGCUCAUCGACCUCCUUACCUCUGAGUUUCCUUCUUCAGAAGCCUGGUUCAGUUUCACACUUCGAGAUGGUAGCCAUAUCAGCGACGGAACACCCUUGUCGGAGAUUGCUGCUCUUUUCAAAGGUGUGGAGCAAGUUGUUUCUUUGGGAUUCAACUGCGUCCCUGACGAUGUCGCACUCGUUGCUCUCCAGGAAUUGAAACCGCAUGUGAAGGAGGGGACAAUGGUGGUAUAUCCAAAUUCUGGCGAGCAGUGGAACGCAAAAGCGAGAGAAUGGGAGGGGAAGCGAACAGAAGGCUCGACGCUGGCAAAGAAAACAGAAGAGUGGAGGGACGCUGGCGCGGGGUUGAUUGGAGGAUGUUGUCGUACCACGCCGGAUGACAUCGCGGUCAUGAAGCAAGCUUUGACAUCCUGA